AUGACGGAGAUAUUUUUUAAGGACUGGUGCUCGUCCCAAAAAUACUCCGGAGAAGACGCCCGAAUCCCUUCGGUGUCAUUUACCUCUGGGGAAUUUCACGUCGAACAACUAGAGAAAAUACGAAACGAAUAUUUAACUAUUACAACAACUCUAAUCGAAGCUAGAAGACGUCUAAACGAGGAGAAUUUAGGCGUGAAAGAUGGGGAGGGAGGGUCAUGGGUAGAGGCCUCCCACAAGAGGGGGGAGAGGCAGGCCAGCAGCAAUAACAAAAGGAAACGUCGUCACCGUACAAUCUUCACCGAGGACCAGUUGAGGCAGCUGGAGCUCACCUUCCAGCACACACACUACCCAGACGUCCUCCUCAGGGAACAGCUCGCACUGAAGGUUGACCUUAUGGAGGAGAGAGUAGAGGUGUGGUUCAAAAAUCGCCGUGCCAAAUGGAGAAAACAGAAAAAGGAGACACAAGAAAAAUGUCUCGAUGAAAUCAAGGUCAUUCAAGGUGACCCACAGAAUGGUCUGUUUAGUCGAGAGAUUCUAGAGGUCAAGUCAACAGCCACCCUUAAGUCAUCCGAGGUAGUUCCACACACAAAUUUACAGAAUCCAAAGGUCAAGCUACAUCUCAGGAAAAUUAAGUUCAAGACCAGCAAAUUACUUCAACAGCACUGCAAGGGUAAUGAUCCAAUUCCCAAGUUCACUCUAAGUCAGGGCAUAAUGGGAACCAAAGCCAGGGAUAAUGACAGAAUACUGCAAGACCAACUGUUCCUUCAAGAUGGCAGCCAGAAAGAUAGUCAGCUCCAGGAGUAUUUAAUGCUUAAGCAACACAAGAAGGAAAAAAAACAAUGUAGGAGUGAAACAAUUACUGAAUACCAGACAAGAAAUUAGACAAGACAUAGAGGAAAGGGCAUUAAGAACUGGCAUCAAACAUAACACUUCAACUGGCAAACACCAAUCAGACGUGGAAGCUGGGAGUACCCAUACUCCACACCUAGGGUGGGGCCACUACAAUAUAGGGGAAACAACGUCAAGUCUCAAAAGAGACAAGUGUUACCCUGAAGGACGAUGAUACUUGACCCUCUAGACAAGCAAGAGAAAACCUGAGAAACUGAGAAUAAUGGAAUUGUGAGGAACACAGAUUAAAUCACUUAAGGUAAUAUCACUGAGGGUUGGGCAAGUUAAAAGUGUGCAAGCCUUUUUGUAUGUGGCUUUUUGACAUAUACAGACAUGUAUGUCACAGUAGUUAGUCUGCCACUAGUUAAUAUGUCCUAAAAUUCAGUCAUUGGUGGGCUUGUGUUAAUAGUUAGUCAACAGCCAAUGAGUUUACUAUCCUAAUAAUCAAUAAAUAGUUCAUACAUAUUAGGCAGCAGUUAAGUCCCACUUCUUACUACAGUACUUAACUUACCACAUACAUAUCUUAACAGCAACCUGGCAGUUAGGUUCUACUCCCUACCAAUCAGUUGUGUAUUUAAUAGUAGGCUAGUAGUUAAGUUGGACUUCCAACUGUUCAGUUUGUGUAUCCUAGCUCAGUCAACAACUGGUUUAUAUGUCAUAAGAGUCAGCAGUAUCUUGAAGAGUGCAAAUAGGCAGCCAACAGUAAGUCUCCCUGUUAUAACAUGCCAACACUUAGUUCAUGUAAUAAUAAGUAGUCAAGAGAAAGUCUAUCUCUCCUAACUGCUGUUCACAUAGCCUAGUAACUAGCUCUGAAUUCACAUUUUCAAAGUUAACUUUUGUGUCUGCAUAGCUAGUUGUUGACUUAUAUCAUCAAAUAACCAUUUCAGUGUCCUAGUAUUUAAGUCAAUUUAUGUAUACAAAUUGCUAAAUGUCAUUUCACCUGUCUUAACAAAUCAAUAAUACAUGUUGUAGCAUUCAGUGAAUAGUAUAUUUAUGUACCCUAAUACUGUAUUCAGCUCGCAUGUCCCAGGAAUGAGCCAGCAGUCAGCAUAGUUAAAACAGGGUCAAAAAAUUUUCAAAAAAAAAAAAAAAAAAUUCUUAUGAAAUGAUAGAGAAUCUUUUCCCGUCAUAAUGACACCAAAAGUAUGAAAUUUGAUGGAAAACUUACGGAAUUAUGCUCUCGUGAAAUUAGCGGUCUCGACGAUGUUUAUGCAUUGGCGAUUUUGCCCACUUUGAGCCCUAUCUUCGGCCAAUUCCAAUGUACCAUUGAACAAAAAUCAUAACUAUUUUGCUACAACUCCAUUUUUUCUAUCGAAUGAAUACAAGAAACCACCCAUUUACCGAUUUCAACUAUCCAAUAAAGUGGUCAGAAAUUGGCAAUUUUGCCAAUUUCCAAAUAGGGUCUAGAAUAAACAAGACAGACAUUCCUGGCACUAAAAUAAAUUUUUUUCAGUUCAUUAGUCACAUGCCCAGGCCUCUUUACAUUUCUUUUGCUUUCCACUUUGAAUUUUUAUUCUCACAAAAUAAUAAAAGCUUCACUGUUAUGCAGACUACUGCAUUAGUGUAGAAAUGGCAUAAAUAAUAUCAGCGCACUUGUGAAAGAAUAUUAGACUCACCAGUUGACAUGUAUUGGAUGUGUGGUAUGAUUUGUUUACUUUUGAACUUUGGCAAAAAUCAAACAUUGCUACUUUGAGCUCAAUUUCAAGGUACUUUUCACUGUGAAACCAAUCAAAAAUCAUCUAAAUUUUUAUAAUAUGUCUUUCAUUCUAUAAAAUGAGACCAUGAAAACUAGAAUACAACCGUAAAUAGCACGAAAAUACACUGCAAAGUUGCUGUUUUAAAGCAAAAACACGGUCAGUUUUUUUUUUUUUCUCAUUAUGCACUGUGUGCUGCAGGAUUUUUUUUAUACUGCGCACACUGACCACAUAGACCCAUUCUUUCAUAUGUAGGCCUACCAGCUUUCUCUCGCUAUAUUUGAAGGUGCUAGAAUUUAUGCGUACUAGUACAGCACCAACCCUGGCAUGCAAGCUGUACUAGUACGGCACCAACCCUGAAAGGGUUAAAGUGCCCCAGAGCGAUAAAAUGCAC